AUGGCAUCGUCGCCGCCGCUGGAGAAGGGCUUCAACAGUGACAGCCGACCAGCAGAUAGCGAGCUUGAAUCUGAUGGAGUCCGCAAUGCCAGCACGGAUGGGAAUGAGAAGCCAAGAGUGCCGUGGUGGGCGUACAUUUGGGAUUAUGAGCCCGGCCGGUCGAAGGAGGAGACAGCAUUCGUCCAACGCCUCGACAUCAGCGUUCUGAUCAUCCUCUCCUUGGGAUACUUCAUCAAGAACCUGGACCAGACAAAUAUCGCGAACGCCUUCGUGUCCGGAAUGAAAGAAGACUUGAGUUUGAAUUCCAACCAAAUCAACUUGGUCGACACAGCAUGGACCGUUGGCUAUGUGGUGGGACAGAUUCCCUCGCAAAUCAUCCUGACCAAGGUCCGACCGAGUAUUUGGAUUCCGAGCUGCGAGAUGGUCUGGACAAUCUUGACUUUCUGCCUCGCUGCUGCCAAGACAUCGAAUCAUGUCAUUGCCAUCCGCUUCUUCGUGGGCCUGCUGGAGAGCAUCUUCUACCCGGCAGCACACUUCAUCCUCGGGAGCUGGUACAAGCCAAGUGAGCUGGCCAAACGAGCAUGCCUAUUCCACGCGUCCAGCGCGUUGGCAUCCAUGUUCAGUGGCUACCUGCAAGCUGGAGUAUACAAAGGCUUGAAUGGAGUCAAUGGAAUGGCAGGCUGGCAGUGGCUGUUCAUCAUGGAUGGCGUCAUCAGCGCACCAAUCACCAUCGCAGGACUCUUCUUGAUCCCAGAUCUGCCCGAGAACUCGCGGGCGUUCUACCUUCGUAAGGACCAGAUAGCGUUGGCGCAGAAGCGAAUGUACGAUAUCGGCCGAGCUCCGCGGACGAGGCUUGGUCGCUCGGCCUGGAAGCGCAUCUUUGGUCGAUGGCAUGUGUAUCUGUUGAUCGUGCUAUACGUCAUUUUCAUCAACUCGGGGCCAUCUUCCAGCAUCAAUCCAAUGUCGCUGUGGCUGAAGGCAAGCGGGUAUUCGGUGGAGCUGAUUAACAUCAUCCCGACCUCACAGUACGCAGUGCAGGCCGUGACCACCGUCCUGUUCGCCAUCUUCUCGGACCACUUCCGAAACAGGCCUGCCUUGAUGUCUGUGUCGACAUUCUUUGGCCUGUUCUGCGCGAUGGUCCUCGCAGCAUGGACGGUGCCGCAUGGACUGAAGUGGUUCGCAUUCUUGAUGUAUCGAGCUUCGGUGGCGUAUGGACCGAUGAGCAUGUCCUGGGCAAACGAGAUUUGCGGAGCAGACGCGGAAGAGCGGACGAUCGUUCUCGGCUUGAUGAACUCUUUCGGCUACGCCUUCAAUGCCUGGCUGCCGCUUUUGACAUAUCCACAGGUUGACUCUCCGAGGUUCGCGAAGGGUUUCAUUUGGUCCAGUGCGGCCUUUGGGGCCCAAUUCGGUAUCACUUGGCUCGUAUGGUUCAUGCAAAGACGUGAUCUGCGGAGGAAGGUGGCCUUGACCGCGGAAGCUGCCAUGGACAAUUGA